GGAGAUGGUGGUCUGUUUUACUAUUAUUUAGUUUAAGCUUCUUUUUUAUUUUUAUUUUCUAUUAUUUUGACCAGAAGAAGAAAGUGACAAUAGGAAAAAAAAAAAAAAAAGUAGGAUUUGUUUUUUUUUUCCCAAUAAAUUGAAAGUAGUUUAAAGGAAGUGAAGAACGGUUUGGUCUUGGUGGUGGUGGUCGAGAAAAUAGAGUGCUUUUUUUUUAUUUUUCCCUCUGUGAUCAGAUUUCUCAAAAGUGAAAAUCAAUAGAGCGGGAAAGAUUUAUUAGGUUCUUUUUGUUUUGUUUUUGGCCAUGGGAGAUGAUGAGCUGUCUCACCUCAAAUUCUCUCUUUUGCUUGAAUCAUCAGCCUGUAACGAUCUUUCCGGUUUUAAGUCUCUAGUUGAAGAAGAAGGUCUCGAGAUCAUUGAUAGGUCUGGUUUAUGGUAUGGGAGGAGGUUAGGAUCAAAGAAGAUGGGUUUUGAAGAGAGGACGCCUCUUAUGAUUGCUGCUUUGUUUGGAAGCAAAGAUAUUGUUGAUUAUAUCAUUAGUAAUGGUCUUGUUGAUGUGAACCGUUCCUGUGGCUCUGAUGGUGCCACGGCCCUUCACUGUGCUGUCUCUGGCUUGUCUGCGAAUAGUCUUGACGUCGUUACUCUUCUGUUGAAGGGUUCAGCGGAUCCGGAUUCUUGUGAUGCUUAUGGUAACAAGCCUGGAGACGUUAUUUUUCCUUGUUUGAGUCCUGUUUUUGGCGCGAGGAAGAAGGUUUUGGAGCGUUUGUUAAAAGGGAAUGAUGAUUUGAAUGAAGUGAAUGUGCAAGAAGAAGGGGAGAGAGAGGUUGAGGUUGAGGUUGAGGUUUCUGUUUCUGUUUCGCCUCCUCGAGGGUCUGAGAGGAAGGAGUAUCCGGUUGAUCCCACGCUUCCUGAUAUCAAAAACGGUAUCUACGGGACAGAUGAGUUCCGGAUGUAUGCUUUCAAGAUCAAGCCGUGCUCAAGAGCAUACUCUCACGACUGGACUGAAUGCCCUUUUGUCCAUCCGGGUGAGAACGCAAGGAGGCGUGAUCCGAGGAAGUACCAUUACAGCUGUGUCCCAUGUCCUGAGUUCCGGAAAGGGUCUUGUUCCAGAGGUGAUACAUGCGAGUAUGCUCACGGUAUCUUUGAGUGCUGGCUUCACCCUGCUCAGUACAGGACCCGUCUCUGCAAGGAUGAGACAAAUUGCUCAAGAAGAGUUUGUUUCUUUGCUCACAAACCCGAAGAGCUGCGUCCUUUGUACCCUUCAACUGGAUCAGGUGUUCCUUCCCCACGGUCUUCCUUUUCAUCUUGCAAUUCGUCUUGUGCUUACGACAUGGCACCAAUCAGCCCUCUUCCUCUAGGUGCAUCAGCCACACCUCCUUUGAGUCCUAACGGCGUAUCAUCUCCUAUAGGUGGUGGGAAAACAUGGUUGAACUGGCCUACCAUUACCCCUCCUGCAUUGCAGCUCCCAGGAAGCAGAUUGAAAUCUGCAUUGAACGCAAGAGAAAUCGAUUUCUCCGAAGAGAUGCAAAGUCUUUCUUCUCCAAGUAGAUGGAACAACAACACACCCAUGUCAGCUGCUUCAUCUCCGUUCUCUGGUAAAGGAAUGAACAUGCUUGCGGGAGGAGCAAUGAGCCCUGUGAAUAGUUUAACUGAUAUGUUUGGGACAGAGGAUAAUAAUACAUCGGGUUUGCAGAUCCGACGCAACAUUAUUAACCAGCAGCUGCAUCCCAACAGUCUCUCUUCAUCACCUGUGGGAGCCAAUUCUCUGUUUUCGAUGGAUUCCUCCACAGUCUUGGCUUCAAGAGCGGCUGAAUUUGCUAAACAGCGAAGCCUGAGCUUCACAGAACGCAACAAUGGAGGACUGAAUCACCAUCCUGCAAUCUCUUCCAUGACUUCAACUUGUCUAAACGACUGGGCCUCAUUGGACGGGAAACUUGACUGGAGCGUCCAAGGAGACGAGCUACAAAAGCUCAGAAAUUCCACUUCUUUCCGUCUCAGAGCUGGUGGCAUGGAACCAAGUGUGUCUAACGAAGGGACCGGGCUCGAAGAGCCAGAUGUCUCUUGGGUGGAGCCGCUGGUGAAAGAGCCACAGGAGACAAGACUAGCUCCGGUUUGGAUGGAGCAAUCAUACAUGGAGACAGAACAGACCGUGGCUUGAAUCAAAGUUUUGAACUUGCAUUAACUGUUCCACAAGAAAAGAUUCCGAGAGGUCGUUUGCUAAUCUAUUACAUUUUAUUUGUUUAAUGUUUUGUUAUUUUUCUGUAGAACAAUAAAAAAAAUUCUUGGGGGCAAAAGAGAGUUCGUUUGUGUGUCUCUCUCUCUGUCUCCAUAGAAAAACAGAGGUGAGAAGGUUUCCAAAACCAAAAGAAACCUUCAAUUACCUCAUCACUUCCUUGAUUCUUUACUAUUCACAAUGAGUAAUUGAUUUA